AAAAUGAUGGCUCUAGCAGACCCAGCAAUGCACUCGCAGAACCACUAUGGCUCUACCAGACCCAGCAAUGCACUCACAGAGAUCUUCCACCCCCGCAUUAUCUUCUCCUCGUUCGACUUCUUCCUUUCAUUCUACUCCAAAAAUCCCAAAAACUAAAAUGGCAGUUUAUAAAUUGGAAUCUGAUACCAUUUUCCUUCGCUGCUCUGAUAAAGUCAGAAUAGACAUAUACGAGCUAGCCGCUGCGACCGCCGCCGCAUCCUCCUCUGUAAUUAAAACGACAGACUGGAAGUACCUAACCACUGUCGGACCCGACCUCGAAUACGACUCCGUUGAGAUUUUCGGAGUCGAGAUCAGUGGACUCGCAUUCAACAAUUUAGCAGCAGAACUCUGCAAUUUUCGCUUAAUCGUUAAUCGCGAAGGCUACUGUUAUUUCAACAUAGGAGCGAUCGUCGAUCCAUCAUUUGGUGUAAACUAUUACAGACUAAACGAUCUGUUUUGCUGGUCUAAGUAUGGAAUCAAGCAGGAAAUCACUUCGAUUUGGAAUCGCGGUGAUAUAAUUUCAGGUGGUGAGCCUUUAAUCAAUUUUGAAACACAAUACAGAACACUAAAAAUUUUUGAACUAGAACUCGAAUUAUCCAAAGAAGAAAUUGCUUCUUUGAAAAUAGAACUAGAGAGUUGCCAAAACGGAAACUCCAGGGUUUUAGCACCACCACCACGGCAGCCACUUCCCCCGCCGCCACCGAUUAGAUUCCAUGUCUUAUCUUCUCCUCUUCCUUGCCAGUUUAACGUUAGUUGGAUAUUGAGGAAGUUCAAUGUUGUGGAUGAAGAUGUAACAGGGCUGUUCCCAAGAACUGUGAGUGUUUAUGUGAGUGAUGGAGGAUUUGAUGGUGAGAAUUGGAGAUUUAUGAGAGGAGAAGAGAACAACAGAACAUAUAUGGUUGGAUUUUAUGGAGGAGAGUUGGGACAAGUUGAAUUUUAUGAGAAUGUUGUUAAUGUUCCAUACAACAGAGGAGUGACUUUGCUUUCGGAUGUCUACUUCUUUGUUGCUCUAAUUGCUGGAAUUGGUUUCAGGUAUAAGGACAAAUACAAUAGGCCAUGAGGUGCGAGAUAUAGUGUAUUGAAUGGCAGAUUGUCGAAGGACUUGCUACGGGGAGGCUUGAUGCAAUGCUCUUCACUAUCCCUGGGCCAGUAUGCAGGACGAGCUUUACGUGAGUUAGGUUACAAGCAUCACACGUUAGUGAGAGGAGAUGAUGUUUCUAUAGAGAAUUAACUCUAUGGACCUUAUAGGCAAUAGCCUAAAGUGUGUAUCUUGCUAUAGGUGAAAGUUUCGAUAUAGGUAAUACUAUACAGCCUGCAAAUUCUCCGAAGGCCAGUCUCGGAUGUGCUGGACCAUUAUGUAUAUGACUUGUUAAGCCUUUAUAAUCAGAUUUUAUGCUAAUACCUUCCGAGGAUGCAUAGUUGACCUAAAUUAUUAGCAUAGUCUAGGUACCAUAUGGGCAUUAAAAGCUUGUACCGAAUGUCCUAAGCUCUGUCUCGUUGUCCUUGACUUUUAAAAUUUUCAAAUGCAAAUUGCAGAACCGGUAUAACUUUACCAUUAAUGCACUCGCCAAGAUCUUCCACCACCGCGCUCUUCUCCGAUUCAACUGCUUCCUCUCAUUCUUCUCCAAAAUUCUCAACAACUAAAAUGGCAGUUUAUAAAUUGGCUCCAAUACCAUUUUCCUUCGUUGCUCCGAUGGGGUCAGAGUAGACACGUUUGAACUAGCCGACCCCGCCGCAUCCUCCUCUGUAAUUAAGCCGACAGACUGGCAGUACUUGGCCACUAUCGGACCUGACCUUGAAUACGCCGCCGUUGAGAUCUUUGGAGUUGAGAUCAGUGGACUCGCAUUCAACAAUUUAGCAGCAGAACUCCGCAGUUUUCGCUUAAUCGUUAAUCGCGAAGGCUACUGUUAUCUCAACACAGCAGCAAUCAUCGAUCCAUCCUUUGGUGUAAACUAUUACAGAUUAAACGAUCUGUUUUGCUGGUCUAAAUAUGGAAUCAAACCGGAAAUCACUUCGAUUUGGAAUUGCGGUGACAUAAUUUCAGGAGGCGAGUCUUUAAUCAACUUCGAAAUACUAAAUAAAACUCUAAAACUCUUUGAAGAAGAACUUGAAUUAUCCAAAGAAGAAAUUGCUUCUUUGCAGAUAGAACUAGAGAAGUGCCAAAUCAGAAGAUCCGGCGUUUCAUCACCGACAUCACUGCCUCCGCGGCCAAUUCAACCGCCGCCACCGAUUAGAUUCCAUGUCUUACCUUCUCCUCUCCCCAACCAGUAUAAUAUUAGCUGGAUAUUGAGAAAUUUCAAUGUUGUGGAUGAAGAUGUAACAGGGCUUUUUCCAAGAAAUGUGAGUGUUUAUGUGAGUGAUGGAGGAUUUGAUUGUGAGAAUUGGAGAUUCAUGAGAGGAGAAGAGAACAACAGAACAUAUAUGGUUGGGUUUUAUGGAGGAGAGUUUGGACAAGUUGAAUUUCAUAAUAAUAUUGUUAAUGUUCCAUACAACAGAGGACUGACUUUGCUUUCUGAUGUUUACUUCUUUGUGGCUCUAAUUGCCGGGAUUGGUUUCAGGUUUGCUUUUUUGUAUUAAUUUUUUUUUCAUUUUUAUUUUGAAAUUAUAAGAUUUCUUGUUUUUGUUUUGGGAA